AUGAGGAAGAAAAGUAUUCCUUAUUGUUCUUUUCAAUAUCCAUCUUUUUAUUAUGAUACUUUUGAUGAUAAACACGCACAAGAUUUAAGAGCGGAUCAAUGUCAGAAUGACAAUGCUGAGAAACAGAAACAUGAAUGUCAUGUUUGCAGGAAGGCUUUUCCAUCCCAAAACGGUUUGAAUGGGCACAUGAGAAUACACAAAAAAGAUAACAAGGGUAUUCCUCCGCGACCAGCUUCAUCUACCCCGAAUAUUUAUUUACCGAAAUAUUUGCCACCAAGAUCACAUAAAUGCCGCAAGAGAAAUUAUGAUAUCAGUACUUUUGAUAGUCAACACUUUUCUUGUGAUAAUAGUCAUGGUGGUGACGGUAAAAGACUGAAGCUUCACAGUAAUAUUGUUGAUGAGAAGAUCAAGGAACAAGCUGCGACGCCAAGUAUAGGUCAUGUUAACGGCAUUGAUGAAACUGUGAAGAUGAAAGUGAAGGAUAUUGAUGUUGAGAUGCAAGAUUGUUAA